UCUGGAUCGGCCACGGUCGCACAUCGCUCUUUCAAGUACCUUAAACCUAAAACUUCGGUGACGAUAUAGCGUGAGCGCAUGGAGCCACAACUUCAUCAAAUGGAUCGGGGUUGGAGCGUUGCAGGAACUGCCUGCGUGACCGCCUUCUUCACAGUGGUGAUGAUGACCAACUCAGGAUUCUUCUACGUGUCCUUCAUGGAGGAAUUUCACGUCGACCGGGAGUCAGCGUCCUGGCCUGCCAGCGUGGUGUCCGUUGUAGCACACUCGAGUGGCCUCCUUGUGUCAAUUGGUCAGGGGAAGCUGUCCGUCUUCCAGAUGGGAAUGCUCGGCAGUGUCUUCCUCUGGGCUGGAAUGCUGGGUGCUGCGUUCGCACCAAACAUCAUGUGGAUGACGCUGACGUUGGGCCUCAUUCACGGUUACUUUCGUGAUACGAAGGGCAGCUACGAUGGACUCUACCAGCUACAAGCCGGAAUACACGGUUGCGUCGGCAGCCUGUUUGGCAUAUUAAGUGUUUUAGACCACAGACGGCAGAAGAAGUGGGUGACAAACUGAGUUCCGUAGGCUAAAUCUUACUUCGUAGAUACUUACUAGGACAAAAAUGUUUAUAUAUGUGAUUGCGCUACGAAGUAUGUUGAGGACUAAAGACUGCUGAAAAUCGCACGCCUUUUUCAUGCCUCAACUAACAGAUUAACAUUCUUUGGUUAUGAUCACUAAAUAUGAACCGAUUCGGUAACAAUUAAUUCGGCAAUCAUUACAUCUGCUGACGUUUAGCCGACAAACAGGCCAUUUCUCGAAAGGACGUUCUAAUACUUCCCUAUGCAUGCCGCGCGGACGAAGAAGUUCCGUGGCCGGCACAAGAAAAUCCUCUGUGCGUCCGAUGCGGCAAUACUCCAAAGGGCAAGGUAGUCUGGGAACACAGUGCACGCGGGCUAGCAAGCAUUGCUUUUAGGGCAGAAAAAUCAACCGCGGAUCCACUCAUUGUUUCGCUGAAGGCGGAUCAGCAGUUUAGUCAGCAAUGGGGCUCUUCUUUAUGACUCCUAGGAUGGUCUAGAGCAACGCGCUUACAUGCGCGUGGAUGUCAGCUAAGAAAAAAAAAUGCUCGAAAUGGGCACUGAUUGAUUCACUGAUUGACAGCGAGAGGGUGCUAAUCUCUCAAGAUGGUGGCGCCAAAGUUAAAUUUGGCACAGUCUGUUACUUAGUCGAGCUCCGCCACAAUUCUGGAAUGUGCGGUCUGCUACAGCGGCGCUCAGCUGUGCAAGAGCCCUUCUUCGAGUUCCACAGGAGCGUCUUUGAGUGUGGGUAGUACUGUAAAACGCGUUAAAUAAACACUAUACGAC